AUGCCCAAAUUACGCUACAAAGAACACGAAAAGAAAGAAAGAAAGCAUAGCCGCCAUGACGAAAGACGUAAAAAGCACAAAAAGAAGAAAGAAAAGCCUUAUAAACCACCUACAUUAUACGAGGAAGAAGGUGGAUGGGUGCCACCUUCUAGUUCAUACAAAGAGGACGAGACAGCCUGGCGAGAACAUUUGUUUGAUGCCAUGAUAGACGACGAAGGACAAGAUCCAUUUUAUACCACGUACUCACAGCCAACACCGUCUGAUACCAUGACCGAAGAAGAAUACCGCCAGCAUAUUGUCAAUGGCAUGUAUCGACGCACACACGCAGACGACAUUGCUGCGGAAGAGAAGCGGCAAGCACUGAAAGAAAAGAAACGACAAGAACGAGAAAAGAUCAAGCUAGAGCAAGAAAGACGCCAUGCUGAACAAAUACGACUACAACAAGCCUAUACGCAACUAAAGAAUAUCAAUAACAGCAAAUCAGAUUAUGCAGAAAAAUGGCAGAAACUGGACUCGUUGGAUGUGAUACACAAAAAGGAUAUUCCUUGGCCCAUUGUUGGCAAAACCUUCAGUCUGGACUCGGUGCGAUCGUUUGUGGUGGACAGCGCCAAAGAAAGCAGCGAAAUGAAGAAGCAUGUGCGAAAAGAGCAAACAAGAUAUCAUCCUGACAAAUAUCUGGAUGGCUGA